CUUGCUCUGUGCCUCCUACUCCUGCUGCUCCUGGCUGUGGCCCUGCCUGCCAGGGCUGCCCAGGCUGCUCCGCUGCAAGCGCGGCGAGCAGACUGGAAUAGUGACAUGGGUUUUCAGGAAGUCCUGAUGAAGGAUGGUUUGAAGUUCCUGGAGGAUGCUGGAGCUGAACCUGCUGGUGAAGGCCCCACAUCCAGGACUGAGGCUCUGGGAGAUGCUGAGGGUGUGUCUACAGGGAGGAGAUUCAUCCGUACGUUGGUGGUUAUUGCCAACAAGACCAGUCUGCAUGGCAGGGUUCCUCCAAAGAGGAAGAUGCAAGACACAACAGAGAAGAUAUCCCUGGAACCAUCCAAACAGAUGAGGCAAGUGCUGAAGAAAAUGCUGCAGGGAGGAAAAGAAAUGAAAGGAGAGCCUGUGCAGAUGGAAGCAUUUCCCGGAGGAAGCAGUGGUUCUGUGCCAACAUCUGUUGAAGGAAGGGAGGCGACGCCAGGCACAGGCACAGGAGAUGAGGUUGCUUCUCCAUCAGCUUGGAUGAAUAAAGAUUUGAAGCCCUUGGAGCCUCCUGCAGAUGUGUCUCCAGGGAGGACUUCUCCAGCUCCUACCUUGGAUUUUGCACUCAAGCCCAGCUCCCAUCACAGUGGGAAAGUCCAAUAUACAACAGAUAAGAUGUCCCUGCAACCAUCCAAACAGAUGAGGCAAGACCUGAAGGAACCCCUGCAGACAAGAGAAGAGAUGGACAUAGUGCUUCAGUGGAAGGUGGCAAUUCCUGAAGGAAGCACUCCAUCUUCAAUGCGAGCCCCGGCUGCAGGAAGGAAGGCAAAGCCAGACACGGACACAGGCACAGCAGACUGGGAUGCUGGGACGGUUCCUCCAUUAGCCUGGCGCUCUGAAGUUGUGAAGCCCUCUGGGCAUUCUGCAGCCGUGUCUGAAGGGACAACUCCACCAACUCCUACCUUGGAUGCUGCACAAAAAGCCAGCUCCCAUGGCAGGGGUCCUCCACCAGAAGAGAUCAAAGACAUGGCAGACAAGAAAUUCCUGGACCCAUUAGAAAUCAUGUGGCAAAUGCUGAAGGAACGUCUGCAGAGAAGGCAAGAAAUCAAAGGAGAGCCUGCGGAGAAAGAAGCAUUUCCCGGAGGAAGCAGUGGCUCCAUGCCAGCCUCAGCUCCAGGAAGGGAGGCCAUGCCAGGCACAGGCACAGGAGAUGAGGUUGCUGGAAAGGCGUCUCCAUUACCUUGGAUGAAUAAAGUUUUGAAGCCCUUGGAGCCUCCUGCAGAUGUGUCUCCAGGGAGGACUUCUCCAGCUCCUACCUUGGAUGCUGCACAUAAGUCCAGCUCCCAUGGCAGGGGUUCUCCAACAGGGAAGAUCCUAAACACAACAGAUAAGAUCUCCCUGGAACCAUCUAAACUGAUGAGGAAAGAGCUGAAGGAAGCCCUGCAGACAAGAGAAGAGAUGGACAUAGUGCUUCAGUGGAAGGUGGCAUUUCUUGAAGGAAGCACUCCAUCUUCGGUGCCAGCCCCUGCUGCAGGAAGGAAGGCAAUGCCAGACACGGGCACAGGCACAGCAGACUGGGAUGCUGGGACGGUUCCUCCAUUAGCCUGGCGCUCUGAAGUUGUGAAGCCCUCUGAGCAUUCUGCAGGCGUGUCUGCAGGGACGACCUCACCAACUCCUACCUUGGAUGCUGCACAAAAAGCCAGCUCCCAUGGCAGGGGUCCUCCGACAGGAGAGACCAAAGACAUGGCAGGCAAGAAAUUCCAGGACCCAUUAGAAGUCAUGUGGCAAAUGCUGAAGGAAUGUCUGCAGAGAAGGCAAGAAAUGAAAGGAGAGCCUGUGCAGAAGGAAGCAUUUCCCGGAGGAAGCAGUGGUUCCGUGCCAGCCUCUGCUGAAGGAAGAGAGGCCAUGCCAGGCACAGGCACAGGAGCUGAACCUGCUGGUGAAGGCCCCACAUCCAGGACUGAGGCUCUGGGAGAUGCUGAGGGUGUGUCUGCAGGAAGGACUUCUCAAGCUCCAGGGCUGGAUGCUUGGCCCCAACCCAGCUCCCAUGGCAGGGGUCCUCCAAAAGGGAAGACCCAAGAUACUGCAGCUAAAAAGUCUCAUGAAGCAGAUGAAUUUCUGACAGAAACACAGAAGGAAGCACCCGGAGGACAAGUGAUGGACCAAAAGGCUGUUCAGGAGGAGGAACACUCAGGGAGAAGCAGUGGCUCAUUGGUAGCCCUAGCUGCAGGAAGGAAGGUGAUGCCAGACACGGGCACAGGCACAGCAGAUGCAGCCGGCACCACAAGACCUGUUCCCAAUGCCCAGGAUGGCCUCGGAAGGGGUUUCUGUCAGGGAACCGGCUGCUGGCUAGGGUUUCUGGCAGGCAUGCUUUAUUUGGAGCUUGUCUUCAUGUUGUUCUGCAUUGGAAUCUGGUAUUCCUGGAACAGAAAACAGAGCACCUCAGGACAGGAGUUGGAAGACGGUGGCUGCACCUCACAGCCAGACAGCGUGAGCAGCUCCUCCAGCAGCAGGAACGGCCUGGACAGCCCUCUCAAGUGUUCUGUGAAGAGGACCCCAGAACAACCAACUAUGAGGGAACCUCCUUUUACCCCAUAGAUCCCACUGCCACCUGCUCUCCCCAUGGGCCUCCCCAAGCUGCCUUCAUCCCUUUUUUUAUCUUUGUCUGUCCCAUCCCAGCCAACUCGAGUACCUCUAGGGACCCCAGGAUCAGCCCAGCACCCUCCAGCCCUUCCUGAGACCAACACAUCCCUCCCUCUGCCUCUGAGACCCCUGGCCUUGCCCUCUAGGAUUCACUGAAGGUGACACCCCACACCC